UAGUGGGGCUGGCAGACAGGCAGGAUCCCUAGAUUUUCUUUGUUCCCUACUUACUGUGGUCAGUAGUGGCUCCUGCCAUGGAAGAAUUAAUAAUUUUUUAUAUCCUUCACCAGAGGAAUAUGUAGCAAUGUGGUUUAUGUCCAAGGACCCUAGGAGUGUACAUCAGAAGAAGCAAGAAGCAAGCUGGAAUAGUUCCUGAAUGCAAUUUUUAUCUUGUUUACAGAUUAUUUUGAAGUGAGAAGGACCAUCUGAAUCAGAAUUCAGAUGCUUUGGUUUCAAGGAAAUAGCAUGCAGCAUGCCAGAUCCUCCUUUAAAAUCUUCUGGAGACAUCUCUCUGCUUCUAAGAUAACUCUGCCAGUGCUGACUUUAUUCACAAAGAAUCCAUGCCCCCUUUGUGAAGAAGCCAAGGAAAUGCUGGAGCCUUAUAAGCACAGGUUUGUUUUACAGGAGGUGGACAUCACACUGCCAGAAAACUCUGCUUGGUAUGACAGAUAUAAAUUUGACAUUCCUGUCUUUCAUUUGAAUGGCCAGUUUCUGAUGAUGCAUCGAGUAAACACCUCAAAACUUGAAAAACAGCUCCUGAAACUCGAGCAGCAAGAUACUAGUGGCUGACUAAUGCUCUCAUGCUUUUCCACCCUCUCUGACCAUAAGGCUCAUUCCUGAGUAAGUGACCACAGCCACACACUCCUGCUGUCGCUUUCACAGAGCCCAGAGGAUGUUCUGAACUCAGUUUAGGGCCAAAUACAUGUUGAUAUUCCUCUUCUGAUGGUUGGAAGUGCUCGUGUGGGAACUGCUUGCUUGUUGGCAUUUUCUAGAAUAACAGGAAUGUGCUGGCAGGGCAGGCAUGAUGGAAAGAGGGAACAGUCCAUUUUUUCUUAUUUAUUUCCCCCGCCCCUUGUAUGAGCAUGGAAGCACUUCCCAUGCACUGGUCAGUGCCAUUUGUAGAAAGGUGACUAUGUGUCCUUUCUGCUGCCCUAGAGAGAUUUUUGGUGAAGGAAUAGAUGAUUUUCUGUGCACCAGAUAAAGUGAAAUGUGAAUUGUUAAUAACCCUGCAGUCAAUAAAGGGACGUUCUAGCAAAUACAUCUGCCUGGAGCCU